AUGAAUACAUUCAUAGAUCACGAUGGAGUGGUACCAAAGGAAUCUCUACAGCUUAGCCGAAGGCAGAUAGAAGCGACAGGAGGACUCACAGCCGGGUGUAUCACAACGUUAGUGACACAUCCGUUGGAUCUUAUCAAGAUCAGAUUACAGCUAUCGCAUUCACAUCCAAGGGGCACAAGCCACAGAGCGUUUGAACCGAUUCUCAAUAUAUUCAAGAAGAUAAAUGAAGAUGCCUUACAAGACUUCAAAAAGACUCAAAAGCUUCUGGGAUUGACACAUCUAUUAAGGCAUUACUACCGUGGAAUCACCCCUAACCUAGUCGGAAAUAUCUCAGCAUGGGGGUUAUACUUUACAUUGUAUUCUGAAUUUAAGUCCUUGCAAUUCACCAGUAACCCAUCUGUCAACUACUUCUCAUCGUCAACACUAGCUGGCAUGUCUACAUCUUUACUCACCAACCCGCUCUGGGUGCUUAAAACAAGAAUUUUGGGUAGUUCCAAGAACGACAGUAAAGCUUACAAAUCAAUCGCCGAUGGUGUAGUAUCGAUAUUGAGAAAGGAAGGGGUAUUAAGUUUCUGGAGAGGAUCUAUACCGAGUUUGUUUCUGGUGUUCCAGGGAAGCCUUCAGUUUACCUUCUACGAUAACUACAAGAAUUUUAUCCUGAAAAGGUAUGAUACUGAACAAUUGACCACAGCCCAAUACAUAUAUGGAUCUGCAUUCUCCAAGAUCUUCAGCAUGCUUAUAAUGUAUCCUACACAGGUGGUACGGUCGAUAUUGCAGAAUUACCAAGGAGAUAGCAAACAGGAGAGAACAAUUCGGUCUGUGGCGAGGCAUUUAUGGAAAGAAGAUGGGCCCAGAGGGUUCUACAAGGGUCUUAGUGCCAAUAUUCUUCGUGUAGUCCCUGCAACUUGUGUGACGUUUGUGGUAUAUGAGACUGUGCGUGACAACUUGAGAAAGUAUGAGACUAGGGAAUAG